AAGCAUCUUUUUGGAAUGCUAUCCAUUUUAUCGGUGAGGGUUGGACAGGGAGCAUCCAGGAGAGGCUGGAUAUUGUAAUUAACACAAGUGGAGGCAGGCUGCUGCAUCUGCCCGCCCGCCCAGAGAGGAAGAACCUGUUGAAUUUGCUAGGAGCUAUUGCUGUGAGGACAAGAGCCACAGUUCCUGGGAGUACAGCAGCCACAAGUGGAUGGAGUAGCUGCUUCAGAGCUAUGCUGUGGGGAAGAGGCAGAGGCCUGGAUUUUGGACACUGGAUGCCCUUUUGGGUUAGAGCCUCCACUUUUGCCUCCUAAGCACGAGGAGGAGGAACACGCAGCCCCUCACUCUCAGUUGGGUGAGCCAAGGAUGGCUGCACUCUCCCAGCACCUCAGGAUCCUGCUCUGGAAGAACUGGCUGAGUGUCAAGAGGCAGCUGGUAUGGUCGUUUGUUUUAAUUUCCUGGCCUGUGGUUGUUUUCAUAAUCUUGGCCAUUAUCCGUCUCAAAUUCCCUCCAGAGCCACAGCAAAACUGUUACCUUGCACCCCGAAACCUUCCCAGUGCAGGCUUCUUCCCGUUCCUGCAGACGGUGCUGUGUGAUUCUGAUGCCAGGUGUAAGGGCACACCAUACACACCAGAAGAUCUGCUGCCAAGACUUAAUGACAUCUCACCCCUCAGACUCAAGCGCAGGAGCUCAUCCAGUGUAGCCAAGGACAGGCAGCCAUCACCAUGGAGUGCAGAGGUUCCUGAAAGCAGGAAUGCUUCACUGGCUUUUGGGUAUUUGGUAUCUCACGGAGAGAAAAACCUUCAGAAUGUUUCAUCACCAUCCAACUUGACUGCCAGCACCCACACGUUCAACAAGAUCUUCAGUUUUGGGAAGAGCCAGCCCCAACACUCCACUGCAGGGAGCCUCAGGGCCCUGCUGUGCCAGGUCUUGUCGCGGUACCUGGCACAUCCCGGUGCCUCGGGAGGGAGCAUGGCAGCCAACAUCCACCACACCUUCUGCUUCACCAACUCAUCACUUCUGGAGUCCUUUGCCCAGGAGUUCAGGACCCAGCUCUCCCAGGUGCAGCACAACCCAGAGUACCAGGAGACUUUUGUCAAUGAAAUGGUCUCGUUUCUGACACUCAUCUCCCAAGUGCAGAAUGACACCUCCCUGUGGCACCUGCUCUUGUUGGCCCCAGAUGUGUUUCAGGACAACAUGCAGCUGCGAGACAUAAUUGAUUUCCUUCAGAAUCCAAGCAGUGUUGUGCUGGGAGCUCAGAAUGUCUCUGCAUCUCUUGCGGGUGAUGAGAGAUUCAAAACUGUUCAGAAUGGGGUUACAGAUUCUCCACUUCCCCUGAACUGCUUGGAGCAAGAUAAAGAAAGGAGUUGGGUGACCAGAUCUAUUUGUAAUUCCUUUGUUCACUGGGAAGACAAUCACACUUUAGUAUCUGAAUUGGAAGAAGUUCUAAGAAAAAUAAAGUCACCAGAGAUUGGUGGAAAGCACUCCAAGAGGUCCAUUAAUUCAGAUGAUUUAGAAGCCAUACAAAAGCAUCUACAUCGUUUAAAAGGCUUUGAGGAAAAAAUGAAUAGAAGUGAAUUAAAAAGCUUAAAUCUAUUCAGAAAUUUGAAGAAUGAAACAUUACAGAAAUUGUAUGCAUUUCUUGAACUGGGAAUGAAUCCACACCAUGAUUAUAAAUUAAAGGAACCAUAUAAUAAGGAAAUAAUUGAUGAAAUCUAUAACUUCACAUCACUGCAAUUACAGAGUGACUUUAAUGGGACUUCCAUUUUCAAUACAGUGACCCAGUGGAAAGAAAUUCAGAGGGCUUUAAAAUUAGCUACAAUGCUUUGGAAUCCAGCUCUCCUAAAUAAUUCCAAUUUUAGUACAUUGAAAACUAAGGAUGCUCUCAAAAUAUUGCUCUCCACAAGCAUGCCAUCACUUCUGGAAGGUCUCAGGGACCGUUUGAGUGGAUUGCAAGAAAUCCCAUCUGUGUUUUCUGAUGAUCUGCUUGAGCCUGAGUCCUACAGAAACUUCCCAGAGCAGCUCCUAGCUCUCGAGGAGAUCUUCUUUAGAAUGAUGGGCACAAAUGUAGGUUAUCAGUACCUCCUGCUGCCUGUGUUUAAGCUGAUGAGGGCCGUAGAGAAGUCCAUGGGUGAGGCCUGGUGGGAUGAGUUGAAUGUCUACUGGCGCCUUGGGGAGAAGCUGAGAUCCAUGAGGUGGAAUAACACAGCCAUCGUUGCCUAUGGGCAGUUCUUGGAGGUGUUAAACAGCCAUUUGCAAAAGCUGCAUAAUAAAUCAAGUGGUGUCUUCAGUGAAGAGUUGGAUCAGCUGUCAGAGUUCAUAACAGCUGUGUUUAAAGAGUUUGGGGAAAGCUCUGGAGUAGCCAAUAUCUCACAAGUCACUCAAGCCAUCCAGAAGACGUUGUACAUCUUAAAAGACUUACAGCUGAAUUAUAAUGUCAGUACAUUAAAAUCUAUAGAUCUUUUCUUUAAUUUUAACAAUAAAACCUUGGAGAGCUUGUCUGAACUUCUGAGAACAGGAAUGAAAAUCCUUCAUUAUUCAAGUGCCAGGGAAGGUUUCAGUGAAGACAUAAUGAACCCCAUCUAUAAUUUAACACAUCUUCUACUGCAGGAGUUCAGCCAGUCUUCCUCACAGCACAAUUCCUCACUACAGGCCAAAAUUUGGGAGUUCUUGCAAUCAGCCUUGAGUCCUUUCCUUGAGCACAGCAGCAAUGGUUAUAGAACAUUCCAGAACUGCUCCUUUGAAGAUCUGCUUGACAUAGGCCUCGAGGUGCUGUUUGAAAAUGCCACUCUAAGGGAGUCCUCAGGCAGGAGCCCCUGCAAGCCCCUCUUGGAGUCCUUGGGCAUGGAGGGUGGGACAGGGAGCAAUGAGACCUUUGGCAGGGUGUUCCAGCUGGCCAUCAGCAACCUGCAGCUGUCCCCAGAGUUUGCUGCUGCCUUCAACAACAGCAGGGAGAGCUUUUCCAAGGAGCUGUUGUGCCUCACCCGAGCUCUGCGUUUGUCUCUGGGUUUCCUCUCCAAGUUAAACCUUGUCUCAGAGCUGGGAAACUCAUGGCUCCAGGAGAAGGUGAGAGCUCUGAGUGCAGCCACAGAGGGGCUGGUGCAGGGUGAUGCCUCGUGCCCCGUGCCAGCCCAGGAUGUGGGUGAUGUGUCCCCAUCCCAGCUUCUGAACAUGCUCCUUCCUGCCCUGCUGAAUGAAACAGUGCUGAGCUCCCUGAAUUCCUCUGGCAGUGCCACAGCCUGGCAUGGGCUGAGGGAUGGGCUGCCUGUGUUUUCCCAGCUGUCAGCACCUGCUUCCAUGAGGAACAGCAGUCUCUACCAGCUGCUGCAGGUGGGCAGAGCUGCCUCCAGCCAGCCUGAGUGGGGACACUUCUCCCGGCUGUGGCACGCCACUGGCAGCCUGCUGACCUCCAAAUGGAGCCUGACCGAAGUGGGUGAAUAUGUGGAACUCCUGCAAAUGAUGAAGAAAGCUCUAAUCCUUGUGGACUUUGGGGUAGCUCCUGGAAAAGCAUUGGUGCAUCAGAUCUUUCAGAAUUCUACUGAAGCAAUUGAAUCCUCAGAUCUGAGUGAUUUGUAUAGUUCAUUAAAACUCUUUUUCAGUUCAACUUCUGCCACAGACAACACACUGGACUUGGAAAAGAUGUUUCAAGAAAUACUUCCUCUGUAUGAAGGGGGUGGUGAGGGACUGUUCUACUCUAAUCCCUAUGGAAAGGAAAAUCAAGGUGUUCUGACUAUGGCUGCAGUGAUCUGGAAUAAGAUAAUUUUAAACAGGACUCAUUUUAAUGCAGAGAAUGCAUGGGAGGUUAUCAAAAUGCUUACACUCGAUGCAAUCUCACUUGAAGACAUUGAAAAUUAUCUCAGCACAAAUGAAAAAGUGUCAUCAUUAUUUUCUGACUUCUUGUUGACCCCUGAAACUUCUGAAAAUUUUGCAGAACACCUUUUGUCCCUUGAGAAACUUCUUGGUGCCAUGGCAAAGGUGAAUUCCAGUGAUCAUUAUCUGCUGAUCUCUUCUUUGUCUAAGCUAAUGCAGAAGCUCCUUCCUGGAAGACAGGAAAAUGAACUUGAUGCUUUCUGGCACAUUGCUGAAGGUCUCCAGUCCUUGAACUGGAAUAGUACAGACAAUCUCACUGCCCAGUCACUUCUGGACAUGCUGCAAAAUCUGCUAAAUACCCUGGAAAAUUACUCCAGUCUUCCUUUCAGUGAGGAACUGAAGCAGCUGCUGAAUUUUGCAUCUUCCAUCUUUGAGCUGUAUGAUGAUGAAGACUCCAGGGGUAAAAACAUCUCCAUGUACUUGCAGGCCAUGCAGAGAGGUAUCUUAAGUUUGCAGAAAAGGUACAACAUCAGUGAGCUUGAAUCUCUCAGCCUGUUACUUGAUUCUUACAGUAACUAUACCCAGAGACUGAUGGAAAUGUGGGAAGCAGGAAUGAAAGUUCUUCAUGACACCAAUUUAAACAAAACAUUUGAGGAAAAAAUGGACACUGUCUAUAAUUUCUCACGUUUGCUGCUGCAGGAGUUCAGCCAGUCUCCCUCACAGCACAAUUCCUCACUACAGGCCAAAAUUUGGGAGUUCUUGCGAUCAGCCUUGAGUCCUUUCCUUGAGCACAGCAGCAAUGGUUAUAGAACAUUCCAGAACUGCUCCUUUGAAGAUCUGCUUGACAUAGGCCUCGAGGUGCUGUUUGAAAAUGCCACUCUAAGGGAGUCCUCAGGCAGGAGCCCCUGCAAGCCCCUCUUGGAGUCCUUGGGCAUGGAGGGUGGGACAGGGAGCAAUGAGACCUUUAGCAGGGUGUUCCAGCUGGCCAUCAGCAACCUGCAGCUGUCCCCAGAGUUUGCUGCUGCCUUCAACAACAGCAGGGAGAGCUUUUCCAAGGAGCUGUUGUGCCUCACCCGAGCUCUGCGUUUGUCUCUGGGUUUCCUCUCCAAGUUAAACCUUGUCUCAGAGCUGGGAAACUCAUGGCUCCAGGAGAAGGUGAGAGCUCUGAGUGCAGCCACAGAGGGGUUGGUGCAGGGUGAUGCCUCGUGCCCCAUGCCAGCCCAGGAUGUGGGUGAUGUGUCCCCAUCCCAGCUUCUGAACAUGCUCCUUCCUGCCCUGCUGAGCUCCCUGAAUUCCUCUGGCAGUGUCACAGCCUGGAAUAACCUGAGCAUGCUCUCCAGUGUGGCACAGGAUGAGCUCCACAAUCUGCUGCAGAGGCUCCAGCAAAGCCUCACCAUAGGCAGUUACUACACAAACGUCUGGGAUGUGUAUGGCAGCUUGCUCAGCACCAAAAGGAAUCCAGCUGAAGGAGCUUCCCUUGCAAGGCUGUUGGAAGCAAUGGCAAGUGACUCUGCCAGUGAUCUGUCAGCUCUAGAAAUCACAGAAGCCACCCUCUACAUUCUCAAUGGGCUGAACAUCCCUGGCCUGCUAAAUGAAUUCAAUAUAAGUUCCAGCUCAGCUUCUCUCUCCAACAAAACCAGUUUUGACAGUGUGAUUGAUAUUGUUGCUCAUCACUUCAAUGUUGUGGCAGAAACCCUUCACAACAAGACUCUGCCUUGGACUCUGAGUGACCACACUCUGUCCCCAGCCAGCUUGAUCACACAAUUUCUGUUUUUAGAAUUUCAAAACACCAUCUUGCAGGUGACAGCGAAUAACAGCUAUAACCCUUACCUGAUGUGUUUAAUAAAUUCUGCAGAAGCUGAAGAUGGGGAAUUGACAGAAAACAUCACACUGCUUUUGAAGCAAACUCAUCUGAAAAAGAACUCUUUUAUGCAAAAUAAUACCUCUGAGAAACAUUCAUCCAUACCAGAGCUCCUGAAGCUAAAAAUCUCUCACCUCCGGGAUCUGACAGCACUCCUGUGUGACUAUGAGAGCUUUCAGUCCAUCCAGCAGCUCUGCCACCUUCCUGAGGUUCCCUUUGGGGAGCUGUGUGAGCAAGGCCAGUCUCAGGAGCAGCUCCUCCGUGCUGCUGAGCUGAGCAGCCAGCUUGUGACCAACGUGCUGAGUCACAGGAGGAUCUCCCAGGAGCUCCAGGAUGUCCUCAUUGGGGAUGCCACAGACAUCCAGGCACAGCUGAAGUGGCUUCAAGAAAAUGUACCAGAAAUUGCUUUCUUUCAAGAGAUUCCUCAGUAUGUGGCUACUUUGAAUUCCAUGUUGAAUGUCACUGAGGGUAUAACAGACUCCAGCAAGCAAGAAAAGUUAAGAGAUGUGUUUAAAAAUGUGGACCAGCUCAAAGAGGACCUCAGAAACACAACAGGAAUGUCCACAGCCAGCAUUGAUGCUCUUCUGGAAGCAUCUUUCCCAGAAAACAGCAGUCAGCUCCUCUCUCAGGUGCUGCAGCUGGAGUCCUGCAGUGCCCAUCCCACUGACCCACAGCUGCAAGUGGUGGUGCAGGAGUUGUGCAGCCUCCCUGUGCCAGAGAGGACUCGCAGGACCUACCUCCUUGGGGUCACCCUGCUGAGACACUUGGACAUUUACAAUUUCUUAUACAAGAUGUUUUUCCCCAAGGAACUUCAGAAGCCCAUGGACAAGAUGUUAGGCCUUCUGACAAAAAUGAAAUAUUUCAGACACCAGGUUGAAUCUGGCAUUGAUCCAUUGCUACAAGCUAUUCAUUCCCUGAAAAAGCUCCAACAGUCCAGGAAAAUGCCACUGACUAAGGGGUUAUUUAAACCAAACAACUCUGGGAUAACACAUGGCACUUUUAAAUCCAUGUCAAAAGUCCUCUGCAACCAGGAGAUCACACCUCUGUUUUUUGAGUCUUUGCUUCCAGACUUUGGAGACCCCAUAAGCAACAGUUCUCAUGCAGAGGAUGUCUAUGUCCAAAAGCUGAUGAGGAAAUAUGGGAUUCCUCAGGAUUCCACCCCAUUUUGCUUAUCCUUUUACCUGGACCUGGUCAAGACCCCCACUGGAGCUUUGAUUUGGUCUUUCUUGAAACCAAUGGUGCUUGGGAAGAUCCUUUUCACACCAGAUACCCCAGAAACUCGAGCAAUCAUGGGAAAGUCAAAUGCAACCCUGGAGCAGAUGGCUGAGUUAGCCCUGAAGUCCCAGGAGUGGCUGGACCAGUCUCCUGUCAUCCUGAAUUCACUGACUAAGUUAAACCAGACAGUUCCAAUGAUCAAGAACGCCCUGCAGAAUCCCUUUGUGCAGGUUUUUAUCAAGCUGAUGGUGGAUUUGGAUGCAGCUGAGCUCCUGAGUCAGAUAAAUGAGCUGGAUGAUAUCCGGCUGGAGCUGCAGAACAAUGCUGAUGUUGUUGAGCAGCUGAACACCUUGGCUGCCCUGGCUGUGAACGUCUCCUCCUGCGUCUCCUUCAACCGCAUCCGGGCAGUGCAGGACUUGGACGAGAUGGAAGCGGUGGCUAAGGAGCUCUUCCUGAAGAACGAGCUGUUUGCAAGUAUCAUUUUCAAGCUGCCUUCAAGGCCUGGCCACUCAGUUGCUGGGGGCCUGUCCCUCCCUCCUGUGCUCAACUACACCAUCAGGAUGAGCAGCAGGAUCACUCAAACCACCAACAGAAUCCGGGAACGCAUCUGGACCGUGGGCCCGCACAACUCCACCUCCCAGAGCCAGAUCUACAGCAGGGCCUUCAUCUACAUCCAGGACAGCAUUGAAAGGGCCAUCAUUGAACUGCAGACUGGCAAGAAACCAGAGGAAAUAGCUGUUCAGGUCCAGGCCAUGCCCUACCCCUGCUACAACAAGGACAUGUUCUUAACCAGUGUGACCUACUCUCUUCCAUUUGCUCUGAUGGCUGCCUGGGUGCUGUUUAUAGCUGAUUUUGUUAAAACACUUGUUCAGGAGAAAGAUCUGAGGCUUUAUGAGUACAUGAAGAUGAUGGGUGUCAAUGCCAGCAGCCAUUUCAUCGCCUGGUUCAUCGAGUGCGCCGUCUUCCUCCUGAUUACUGUCACCUUCCUCAUUGUUGUCCUGAAAGUGGGUGAGAUCCUUCCCAAAACAGACACAGCACUCCUCUUCCUGUACCUGAUGGACUACAGCCUGUCCAUCAUAGCCAUGAGCUACUUCAUCAGUGUUUUCUUCAACAACACCAACAUCGCUGCCUUGGUGGGCAGCCUCGUCUACAUCCUCACCUUCUUCCCCUUCAUCGUGCUGCUCGUCAUCGAGAACCACCUGAGCUUCUCUGCCAAGAGCCUCCUGAGUCUGUUGUCUCCAACUGCCUUCAGUUAUGCAAGUCAAUACAUUGCUCGCUACGAGGCACAGGGCAUAGGACUGCAGUGGGACAACAUGUACAAGUCCCCAAUGAUUGGAGACAACACCUCCUUUGGUUGGAUGUGCUGGCUCAUUCUGAUAGACUCCUUCAUUUACUUCAUCCUGGGGUGGUACAUCAGGAAUGUUUUCCCAGGUAGAUAUGGCAUGGCUGCUCCCUGGUACUUCCCACUGCUUCCAUCUUACUGGAUUGAGUACAACAGCUACCUGCCCUUCUGGAAUGAGAAACAAAGAUGCCUGCUCUUCUCCAAGCUGAUGUUGAGGAAAGAAGUCACCCUCCCCAACAAGAUAUGUGCCCCCCACCCUCACGUGGAACCGGAGCCCACCGACCUCACCUUGGGAGUGUCCCUCCAUGGCAUAACAAAGGUUUAUGGAUCCAAAGCUGCAGUGGACAACCUCAGCCUCAACUUUUAUGAAGGGAAUAUCACUUCCCUGCUGGGACACAAUGGAGCUGGGAAAACUACAACCAUAUCUAUUUUGACUGGGUUGUUCCCUACAUCAUCAGGCACAAUCUUUGUGUAUGGCAAAGACAUCAGGACUGACCAGGAGGUGAUCAGGAAGAACAUGGGGGUGUGCAUGCAGCACAACGUGCUCUUCAACUACCUCACCACCAAGGAGCACCUGCUGCUCUAUGGCUACAUCAAAGUCCCUCACUGCAGCAAACAAGAGCUCUACCAAGAAGUGAAGAGGACUUUGAAGGAGACUGGGCUGUACAGCCAUCGUCACAAGCUGGCUGGCACCCUGUCAGGGGGCAUGAAGAGGAAGUUAUCCAUAGCCAUUGCUCUGCUGGGGGGAUCCAGGGUGGUGAUCCUGGAUGAACCAACCACGGGUGUGGAUCCCUGCUCCAGGAGGAGUAUUUGGGAAAUCAUCUCCAAGAAUAAAAAAGGCAGAACCAUCAUUCUCUCCACACAUCACCUGGAUGAAGCAGAGGUGCUGAGUGACCGGAUCGCCUUCCUAGAGCAUGGAGGGCUCAAAUGUUGUGGCUCCCCUUUCUACCUGAAGGAAACCUUUGGGGAUGGCUACCACCUGACCCUCACCAAAAAGAAGAACAUGCUAGAGGAAUGUGACACCACAGCAGUGACCUCCUUGAUCCAAUCCUAUCUCCCAGAGGCUUAUCUGAAGGAGGAUAUUGGUGGGGAGCUGGUGUAUGUGCUUCCCCCCUUCAAGUCCACAGUGUCAGGGGCCUACCAGGCUCUCCUCAGAGCCCUGGACACCAGCUUGAAUGAUCUCCACCUGGGAUGCUACGGGAUUUCCAACACAACUGUGGAAGAGGUGUUCCUCAAUCUGACAAAAGAGCUUGUGAAGGACCAGCAAGAAGAUGCUGUGCUGCCCCAUCAGCUGCCUGGAGCCAGUGGUCACACUGGUGGUGACGAAAUGUCUGUGAGCACAGACACCUUCACAGAAAGAGAUGACCAGCUGCUGAUCAGGUCCAAGAGCCUGCGGGGUUUGCCACUGUUGCUGAAGAGAACCUCAGCCCUGUUCAUCAAGAGGUUCCACCACACCCGGCGGGACGUGCGCGGCUUCAUCGCCCAGGUCAUCCUCCCCGUGCUCUUUGUGAUGGCUGCCAUGGGCCUGGGGACACUGAGGACCAAGGAGACCGAGUACCCUGAGCUGCCUCUGUCCCCCUCCCUGUAUGGCACGGCUGACCAGGCAGACUUCUUUGGGAAUUUUAAUGAAACCACAGCUGCUCUAGUUUCUUCCAUGCUGGCUUUCCCUGGGACGGAUAACACGUGCAUGAACGAAAGCAAUUCGCAGUGUUUAACAGAGGACAUGCUUGGCCAGUGGAUUACCAGUGGAAACCAGAGAACUAAAUAUUCUGCCUGCAACUGCACAGAUGGCAUCCAGACAUGUCCACAGACAAACUACACUCCCCCUCACAGAAGGACCUUCUCCACACGGACCCUUUACAACGUGACAGGGCACAAUGUGGAGAGCUACAUCCUGGCAACCACCAAAGACUUCCUGCAGAAAAGGUAUGGUGGCUGGAGCUUUGGGCUGCCUUUGACACCAGAUCUGCAGUUUGACAUCAGGCCAGUGCCCCCCAACAGAACACUGACUAAGGUGUGGUACAAUCCUGAGGGUUAUCACAGCCUCCCAGCCUAUCUCAACAGCUUGAACAACUUCAUUCUUCGAGCCAACUUGCCAAAAAAUGAGACUUCUAGAUAUGGUAUUUUCCUAUCAGCUCACCCAUAUCCUGGAGGACAGAGCCAAGAACAAGUAAUGCUCAACAGCUUACUGGACAUCAUAGUGUCCAUGUCUGUUUUGGUGGGCUACUCCAUCACCACUGCAAGCUUUGUGCUCUACAUGGUCAAGGAGCACCAAACCAAAGCCAAGCAGCUGCAGCACAUUUCAGGCAUUGGGAUGACAACCUACUGGGUGACCAACUUGGUUUAUGAUCUGGUACUUUUUAUGGUCCCUAUUGGACUCUCAGUAGGAGUUAUUUCAGCCUUCCAGAUCCCAGCUUUCUGCAACAACAGUAACUUAGUGGCAGUAUUUCUCCUGCUGUUACUCUUUGGAUAUGCAUCAUUUUCCUGGAUGUACCUGCUGGCUGGGCUUUUCAAGGAAACAGGGAUGGCCUUCAUUGUUUAUGUCUGUGUCAACCUGUUCUUUGGCAUCAACACCAUUAUCACUCACUCUGUUGUGUUCCUGCUCUCCCAGGAGAAAGCCACAGACCAGGGCUUGCGUGAUCUUGCUGAAAAUUUAAGGCAUGUGUUCCUCCUGUUCCCACAAUUUUGCUUUGGCUAUGGCUUGAUUGAACUGUCUCAGGAUCAGGCACUGCUGGGCUUCUUAAGAGCCUAUGGAGUGGACUACCCUGACAAAACCUUUGAGCUGGACAAGACCACAUCCAAGCUGCUGGCCAUGUUCAUCCAGGGCACCGUGUUCUUUGCCAUUCGACUCACAGUUCACGACAGGAUGGUCCAGAGAGUCUGGAACAAGGUCCUGGAGUUCCUGUUUGACAGAGUCCAUGGCAAAGCCUCCCUUCUGCCCCCUGCGGCCGUGGAGGAUGGGGAUGUCCAGGCAGAGAGGAGCCGGGUGGAGUCUGGCAAAGCUGACUUCGACGUGGUGCAGCUCCAGAACCUCACCAAGAUCUACCACCUCCCUCACAAACGCAUCACAGCAGUGAAGAACAUCAGCCUUGGCAUCCCUGCUGGGGAGUGCUUUGGCUUGCUUGGUGUGAAUGGAGCUGGAAAGACAACAAUCUUUAAGAUGCUGACAGGGGAUAUUGGAGCAUCCAGUGGAAGGCUGCGGGUCCAGGAUCAUUCUGGGUCCUUGAAUGACAUCAGUGAGGCCCACUGGUCACUCUUUGGCUACUGUCCUCAGGAAGAUGCCUUGGAUGACCUGCUGACCGUGGAGGAGCACAUGUAUUACUAUGCUCGGCUGCACGGCAUCCCAGAGGGGGACAUCAAGGGAGUUGUGCUCCAGCUACUCCACCGGCUGAACCUGAUGGCCUACAAGGACAGAGUGACCUCUAUGUGCAGCUAUGGCACCAACAGGAAACUGUCAACUGCUCUGGCUCUCAUUGGCAAUCCAUCCAUUCUGCUGCUGGAUGAGCCGAGCUCUGGAAUGGACCCGAACGCCAAACGCCACCUUUGGAAAAUCAUCAGUGAGGAAGUGCAGAACAAAUGCUCAGUGAUACUCACAUCCCACAGCAUGGAGGAGUGUGAAGCCCUGUGUACCAGGCUGGCCAUCAUGGUGAAUGGGAGUUUCCAGUGCAUUGGCUCUUUGCAGCACAUCAAGAGCAGAUUUGGAAGAGGAUUCACUGUGAAGAUGCACUUAAACAGCAGCACAGUUUGCACUGAGAAGCUGACAGAGUUUAUGAAGUCACACUUCCCAAAUACAUGCCUGAAGGAUCAGCAUUUCAAGAUGGUGGAGUACCACGUCCCGGUCUCUGCAGGAGGGGUAGCAAAUAUAUUUGAUCUCCUGGAAGGCAGCAAAGCAGCCUUCAACAUCAGGCACUUCUCUGUGAGUCAGACAACGCUGGAGGAGGUUUUCAUCAACUUUGCUAAAGAUCAAGCAGAUCCUGAUGGCACCGAUGCAGGUCCUGAUGUGACGCUGGACAGCUCUGACACAAGUAGCCAGGCUAGCACCAUAAGCUCCAUCUAUUGAAGGGAUCCACUCACACAGGAUCAUGGAAGCUGGGGAAAAGACCUGACAGCCCCUUCAACCCUGUUUUAAGUGAUUUUAGGGUGAUGGGGAUAAGCAGUUCCACUUUCUUUUGUUUUUUGAUAUGCGCUUCAUUAAUGUCACUAGGAACGUGGUAGGUGUUUGAGACUGGCACUUGGUUACAAAUCAGAUUGGUCUUUCCACAGGUUCUUUCCCCCCCACCCCCAAUUCUUGUUUUAUGAUCACUGUGAGGAUUUCAAGAACACCACCUGCAGCUCGUGGCUGUUUGCUUGCAGCAGAGUGGCUGUGAUGGAGCAGAGGAGUUGUGGGCAGUGCAGGCUGUCUGACCACAAAAGCAGCCCCACGGCCACAGAGGAGAGCCCACCUCCUCUCCCUGCUCAGCAGCUGACUUCUGGGUGAAAGUGGCUCAGUUUUGACAGGCUCCCCCUGGGGAAAUGGGGCUCAUGGCCUUGCCCCUCCUCACAGGGGGGUUGUGAGGAUGCAGGUGUUAAAUACUGACAGUGGCAAAGGCCACUGGUGGGGGCCAUCUUUGGUGAUGACACAGAGCUUAUCUGGUUAUGUCAGCACAAAUAUAACUAUUUUAUAAGUUAGUGCUUCCAGUGGUUUUGGUUUGUUCCUGUAGCUUAUUCCAGCUCUGUGUAACUCCUUGAGUGAGUUCCCUGGUCCCAGGCAGUUCCGGGCUCUUGGUACCCAGUGGAAGAUGAUUCCCCCAUGAGCUCCUUUCUCCUUCUGGCUGGAGUUCAGGGCUGCUCUGGAACAGCUGAGGAGUGGUACAGGGCAGGUCUGUUGGCUGAAUGCUCUGACAAGAAGCAGCUCUUUGCUUCAUAAGAUUGUAUUUCCCUGAGCACAGUAGAAGCAAGGAGCAUCCCCCUUGCUCAUAAAGCCUCCAUCUCCAGCAGCUUUGCCUCUCUGUGUCCUCUCCAGUGACCUUCCUCCUCAACCCCACGUGCUGGCUGCCCCCUGACUCUGGAGCUGUGUUUUCCUACAUAAUAAGGCAUCAUUAGCUCCUGCUUCAAAGACUCUGCCUGCUGGCUUUAAGGGAGUGCUCUGCCCACUUCUGAGAGCAGCCCCCAGCAGCAGAGUUCAGCACACCACCACACACACCCUGCUCUCUUCCCCAGAAUGAUUAAUAGAUAGAAUAGUUUAAUAUGAUUCUUUAUUAGAUGUAUCAGCAUAAGGCCCCAAAGACUUGGGUUUGGGUCAGGACAUUGAUGUACCUUCAAGCACAAAAUGAACUGAAACUCUGAGCUCAAUAAACUUGCUGUUGCUGGUAAAACAGA